UCAGUUCCGUACUACUAAAGGUUGAAAUCUUACCACCUUCACCUUUUCAAUCUGCGAAUAUCAUCAAUAAUAGUGAUACCAGUAGUGUGUGAGAAAGAUUCAUUCACUUCUGUCUUUAUCUUACUUCUCUUGUCUUCUAAUACCAACCAUCACACAUCAUAAUACAACCCAUUUAUCAAAAUGGCAUCCGCUACUCGAACCUUUGCUCGCGCAGGCGCUGCAUUCAAAUCAACACCUUUCAGAUCCGCCACUCGUACUGCAUUGAGUGCUCCUCGUCAAGCAUUCCGUCAACAAUCUCGUCGUGGAUAUGCAUCUGAAGGACCUGCCAAAUCUUCCUUCCCUCUCUCUAUCGGUGUUGCUGCGUUGGCCGUUGCUGGAGGUGCUGGAUAUUACUUUAUCUCUCAAGGUAAUGGAUCACUCUUGAGUGGUUCUGCCAAGGAAACCGCCGGUCUCUUCACACCUACAUACGACGAUUACCAAAAGGUUUACAAUGAAAUUGCAGAGAGAUUGGAGGAGAAGGAUGAUUAUGAUGAUGGUUCUUACGGACCCGUCUUGCUCAGAUUGGCGUGGCAUUGCAGCGGAACCUUCGACAAGGAAACUGGUACCGGUGGUAGCAAUGGUGCUACUAUGAGAUUUGCCCCAGAGGGUGAUCAUGGUGCCAAUGCUGGUUUGGUUGCUGCUAGAGAUUUCUUGGCUCCUAUUAAGGCUAAGCACCCAUGGAUCUCCUACUCUGAUCUCUGGAUCUUGGCUGGUAUCUGUGCUAUUCAAGAAAUGCAGGGCCCAGUCAUUCCUUUCCGACCAGGUAGACAAGAUAAGGAAGCUGCUGCUUGCACACCUGAUGGACGUCUCCCAGAUGCAUCCCAAGGUAACAAGCACUUGAGAGCUAUCUUCGGUCGCAUGGGAUUCAAUGAUCAAGAAAUCGUCGCUUUGAGUGGUGCUCACGCUCUUGGACGUUGCCACACUGAUCGUAGUGGUUUUGAGGGUCCUUGGACUUUCUCUCCAACAGUUGUUACCAACGACUACUACAAGCUCUUGUUGAAUGAGAAGUGGAACUGGAAAAAGUGGAAUGGUCCUAAGCAGUACGAAGACAAGACCACCAAGUCCCUCAUGAUGCUUCCCACCGACAUGGCCCUCGUCUCCGAUAAAUCUUUCCGCUCAUACGUCGAGAAAUACGCAAAUGAUGAAUCUCUCUUCAUGAAGGACUUCGCAAAUGUCAUCACCAAGCUCUUUGAACUCGGUGUUCCAUUUGCAGAGACUACUGAACAAGCUCCUAUGAAAUUCAAGCCUACUGCCUAGAGAAUUCAUCUUCAUCACCGAAUCAACUUUGAUAUAGAGAUAUAAAGAAACGGAGAGAAAAAAUGAGUUGGAUGGAUAGAUAGACUGUGUUUGCUUAAUCCUUUUUAGAAGCGGGAGUUUGGUGAAACAAGAUAUCUAGAUGGGUGAGUUGAUAUUCUGUCAUUUGAGAGAAAUAUCAUCAUCGUAGGCAGGCGUGGAUGAGAUGAAAUGAUAUCCUAUGUGAUUUGACGAAUGGUAAUAAAAUGCUGCGUCUGACCAGCUUUGACUGCGUCAGGUGGCUUGAUUGUUACAUCCUCUCGGUGUGGGGAGAUAUGAAAAUAUGUACAAUAGGAGACUAGAUUUGCUACAUAGAGUAGAGAGUAGAUAAAAAGAACAUUCCGCCCCAAUA